GAGCCGGACGAGCUGGAGGACCACGCGGCCGGCGGCGACGGUCCGCCGGUGGGCGUGGCGUGCGCGGCCGUGCCGCUGCCAUGGGGCGCGCGCCGCGAGCGGCUCUGCUUCCCGGCCAGUGUGUUGAUCGACGCCGACCUGCGGCCGGGGGAGUUCGUCAUGCGCACGCUGUUCGCCGAGUUCACCGUGCAGGCCGAGCGCAAGAUCGAAGCCGUCAUGAUGGAGCCGCUGGAGCGACCGCUCUCGAAGUCCCUGCAGCGCGGCGAGGACGCCCAGUUUGACCAGAUGCUGUCGACGUUCGGCUCGGUGGCCGAGCACUGUCUGCCGUCGUUGCUGCGCACCCUGUUCGCCUGGUACGACCGGCAGGGUGUGGACGUGGCCGCCGAGCUACGGCCGGCACGCACCGACGCCAAGGGCAGGCUAGAGCCGACCACGGACCGACUGGAGCGGGAGCACCGCGAGGACCGCCGAGACCUGGCCGUCGAGUUCAUCUUCUGUCUGGUGCUGAUCGAGGUGCUGCGCCAGUUCUACCUGCACCCGGGCCACGAGGACCUGGUGCGCCACCUGGAGAACCUUGCCUUCCGACACUUCAAGUACCGCGAGAGCACGUCGGCCGGCCCCAACUCGUCGAACGUGAACAUCAUCGCGGACCUGUACGCCGAGGUGACGGGCGUGCUGGCUCAGUCUCGCAUCCACUCGGUGCGCGCCCGCUUCAUGCACGAGCUGCGCGAGCUGAACGCCAAGGAGAGCAGCCAGCAGACGACGCAGGGCAUCAUCGCCCUACUCAUGGGCAUGAAGUUCUUCAGGGUCAAGAUGGUUCCAAUCGAAGAAUUUGAGAUCAGCUUCCAGUUCAUGCAGGAGCUGUCGCAGUACUUCCUAGAGGUCAAGGACAAGGACAUCAAGCACGCGCUGGCUGGCCUGUUCGUCGAGAUCCUGGUACCCGUGGCAGCGUGCGUGAAGAACGAGGUGAACGUGCCGUGUCUGAAGACGUUCGUGGAGAUGCUGUACACGCACACGCUGGACAUGUGCACCAAGGGCAAGCACCGGCUGGCGAUCUUCCCGUUGGUCACCUGCCUGCUCUGCGGUCUCCCAGAAGCAGUUCUUUCUCUCCAACUGGCACUACUUUCCUGGCCAUGUGCCUCUCCAACCUGA